UGCUGACAGCUUCACGGACGCGCGCUUUUGAAUCCUCAUCUCCAAGGCUGUGUGACGUAUAGCGGGAAGGCGUGACCCGCGUCUUUUCCACCAAUGGGUUCAAAGUAUGCCGCGUGAUUGACAGUUGAGUUUGGGAAAUGGGAGGAACGACUUCAUCCGUCUGGCUCUGCUCUGUUGUGGAAGCCAUUUUGGGAUUUUCCUAAUAGUAAUUGUGAGCCAAGCUCGUAACUUGUGCCUAUUCCCACGAAGCUCGCGGAUUCCGGAUCUGCUGUUUGGAUACACGCAGUUAUUUCUGUGUUGUUGUUUUUUUUUAUCUUUAAAUUCCCGUCGAGAUGCGGCACGGAGUUUGCGCAUCCUUGAACUGGAUCGUCAUUUCUGAACUGGACUACCUUCAAAACAACAAGAGAUUAUAGAAACUGAUGGUCAAACUGCGUGCUCAGAGAAUUACCAUGGAUUUUUCCCCUCUGCACACGUAUACUCCUCCUCACUGUACUCCAGAUAACACGGGAUAUACCUAUUCACUCAGCUCAAGUUACUCGACCGCAGCCCUUGAGUUUGAGAAGGAGCACCAAAUCAAUCCUGUGUACGACUCGCCCAGAAUGUCUCGCCGUAGUUUGAGACUACAGACCACCCAUGGGUUUUAUGGUGACAACAGCCUCACUGAGCUCACGGGCAUUCACAGUGUCGGCUCUUACAAGCAGACCAGCAGCAGCAGCAGCACCGCCGCCAGCAGCAGCAGCAGGUCUGUGCGGAGCAGGAGGCAGAAGCAGGGCUCAUCGGUGUAUGAGUCUGAGAGCGUGUCUCAGAUUGUGUCUCAGACUGCUCAGAAAGACCAGACCCUGUCAGAUUUGAGUUUCACCAGUACAGCCAGUGAUGCUUCUCUGAUCUCUAGUCUGCUGGAUCAGUCCACACUCAGACAGAGCUCCACAACACACACAUACUCUGCACGGAGAAGAAGAAAUGCUCACAGCUCUCUGUUGGAGAAUGGAGGCAUCAGUAAAACAGAGGCGCACACUAAUCUGGCUAACGGCUAUAUUUGUAAGGACUGCUCGUUCCAUGCAGACGGGAAGGAGGAUGAAAUGUCAUGUUCCUUACCGUAUUCGACAUCUGUGUCUUCAGCGUAUCAGACAGCUGCAGACGCCACUAUGACCACUUCUCUGAACAGCGUUGACAAGACAGCUCAUGACAGCUACUGUGGCAGUGUGAACGUGCGAGUAAGUUGUCACUCUUUUUCAGGUGAUGACUGUAAAGGAAAACAGCACAUGGAAAUGAAAGCGGAGCAUAAACGCUAUUCCUACACCCACCAUGUAUACGCAGCCUUGUGGGCCCUUGUUUCUUACACAGGUUACGGGCUUCUGCGGGUUUGCCGAGGUUUCGGCUCAGCCGGUGCAUUCGUGACUCAGAAGCUGAAGUCUGUUCUGUGGUUGGCAGUGUGUUCUCCAGGUGAUGACUGUAAAGGAAAACAGCACAUGGAAAUGAACGCGGAGCAUAAACGCUAUUCCUACACCCGCCAUGUAUACGCAGCCUUGUGGGCCCUUGUUUCUUACACAGGUUACGGGCUUCUGCGGGUUUGCCGAGGUUUCGGCUCGGCCGGUGCGUUUGUGACCCGGAAGCUGAAGUCCGUUCUGUGGUUGGCAGUGUGUUCUCCAGGGAAAGCAGCGACUGGCGCCUUCUGGUGGCUGGGAACAGGAUGGUAUCAGCUGGUCGCGCUCAUGUCUCUGAUCAACGUCUUUCUUCUCACCAGGUGUCUGCCCAAACUACUGAAGCUUCUUCUGUUUCUGCUACUCUUACUUCUGCUGCUCGGGUUAUGGUACCUCGGUCCGCCCAUCGCUCUGUCCUUCCUUCCAGCUGUAAACUUCACAGAGUUGAAAACAGCAGUCACUUCUUUCCCAUCACUCCCUUCUCUCCCAUCUCUUCCCUCUUUACCCGCAUUAGCUUCGUUCACAAAAGAACCACUGGCUGACGAACAGCACAUCACACCCCCAGUCAUCUCACAGGCUGCAUCAGAGUCUGUUAACAGCAAGCGUUUGGCUCAGCUCGAGCAGCGUGUGGCGGCGCUGUGGGAAAGUGUCCAGCAGGGGGAGCUGAAAGCCAAGCAGCAGCAUGAGGGGGCCGUUGGUUUGGUUCAGGCCCUUGAGGAUCAGAUGAACACACGGACAGACAGAGAGAGUCUCAGCCUGUGGGUUUCUCAGCUCCUGGAGCCCAAGUUCACCGCACUUAAGGGAGAGAUGGAGAGAGUAGAGGUUAGCAGGGCGGAGGCUGAGGAACAGCAUGCGCAGCAUCAGGCGAGUCUUGAAGCGCGACUAGCAGAGCUGGAACUGCUGCUGAAGAACCUGAACUCUAGAACUGAGGAAAUCCAUCUAACACAGCAGACUCCAAUGCAGGCUCCUGUCAGUGUUGGAGUCUCUCAGGAGAAGCAUGAAGCUUUGCUCUCUGAGGUUCAGAGGUUGGAAGCAGAGCUGGGCCGCAUCAGAGGAGACCUGCAAGGGUUGAUGGGAUGUAAAGGGAAAUGUGACCAACUCGACACCAUACAUGAGACCGUGUCAGCGCAGGUGAAGGAACAGUUGUACGCUCUGUUGUACGGUCGUGACGGAGGUGAAGCAGAGAUUCCCGAGCCGCUGCUGCCCUGGCUGGCUUCUCAGUACACACGCUCCUCUGACCUCACCGCGACCCUCAUGGCCCUGGAGCGCAGCAUUCUGGGAAAUCUGUCCCUGCAGCUGCAGGAGAGCAAACAGCAGCAGUUCUCAGCUGAAACAGUUACUCAGACCGUUGCCCACACCGCCGGGGCUGCUGGGAUGUCAGAGGAGCAAGUCCAGCUGAUCGUCCAGCGUGCGCUGAAGCUGUACUCUGAGGAUCGCACCGGACAGGUGGACUACGCUCUGGAGUCUGGAGGUGGCAGUAUCCUCAGCACGCGCUGUUCUGAGACGUACGAGACAAAAACAGCACUCAUGAGCCUGUUUGGAAUCCCGCUGUGGUACUUCAGCCUGUUUGGAAUCCCGCUGUGGUACUUCUCGCAGUCGCCACGUGUCAUCAUACAGCCGGACAUGUACCCAGGAAACUGCUGGGCGUUUAAAGGCUCCCAAGGUUAUCUGGUGAUCAGGCUCUGUUUAAGUGUGGUCCCUACCUCCUUCUGCCUGGAGCAUAUUCCCAAAAGCCUCUCUCCUUCUGGAAACGUCAGCAGCGCACCACGACGAUUCUCUGUCUUUGGGUUGGAUGACGAAUACCAGGAGGAAGGGAAACUGCUGGGUGACUACACUUAUCAAGAAGAUGGAGAAUCACUCCAGAUCUUCCCAGUUCUGGAGAAGAAUGACAAGGCCUUUCAGAUCAUUGAGAUGCGAGUGCUGUCGAACUGGGGUCAUCCUGAAUACACCUGCCUGUAUCGCUUCAGAGUUCCGUAA